AUGAAAUUCACACUCCUCACCACCGUCUUCGCUCUCUGCAGCACCAUCACAGCCCAAACCCUCGACUCAGCAGGAAAUGCCGUUCUAGGGCCAGGAGAUGUCGUCACCGCGCUCUCCGGCAUCGUCCCCACGACCAUCACCCUCGCGCCAGCAGCCUCCACAUCCCUAGCAUCCGUGCUCGUCUCGCUGGCUACGUCCAUCGUCGUGGAUCUGGCGGGGAAAUCAGAGUUCAGUUCGUUCACCGCGCAGUACAGACCCGAUCAGCUGUCUACGGCGUCCAUGCCGCCGCAGCUCUCGAGUCUGGUUGCGAGUUAUGCGGGCGUCGUUAAUGCGACCGUUUCUGCGGCUUUGGCGCAGGCGACGCCUGUGAAGGGGGGUGCGGGGAGGAAUGAGAUGGGCAUGGUGGUUGCGGGGGUGGUUGGGGUUGUGGGUGGUGUUUUGGCUGUGGUUGUUUGA